CCAAUCGAUUCCGCGAUUCCCACAUCAGCAAGCCCCGCUUCUUCCGCCCUCCCCUCCCCUCUUUUUAAGACCCCCCGUUGUUUCUUUCUUGCGCCUCAGUUAUUCCGCACCGCCAGCCGAAAACCCUAACUGAAAGCUCCGAUGGCGACCAAAUUUGGCGUCGCCGGUGGCAUACCGGAGCGCCGGGUCCGGCCGAUUUGGGACGCCGUCGACUCCCGGCAGUACAAGCCGGCGCUCAAGCUCGCCUCGAGUCUCCUCGUCAAGUACCCCAGCUCUCCUUACGCCCUGGCACUCAAAGCUCUUAUUUUGGAGAGGAUGGGAAAGCCCGAUGAAGCAUUACGUGUUUGCUUAGAAGCAAAGGAGUUUUUAUAUUCUGAUAAUUCUCUUCAUAUUGACGAGCUAACACUCAGCACGUUGCAGAUUGUUUUCCAACGGCUUGAUCACUUGGAUCACGCUAGUUCAUGCUACGAGCAUGCCUGUGCCAAACACCCAAACAACUUGGAGAUCAUGAUUGGUCUUUUUAAUUGCUAUGUUCGUGAAUGCUCAUUUGUGAAACAACAGCAGAUAGCUAUAAAAAUGUAUAAACAUUUCAGUGAAGAGAGGUUUUUGCUCUGGGCAGUUUGCAGCAUUGAGUUACAGGUAGUUUGCAACAGCAGUGGUCACAAACUGUUGCAGUUGGCAGAGGCUUUACUUAAGAAGCACAUGGCUUCUCAUAGCUUGCAUGAGCCAGAUGCACUUGUUAUGUAUAUAUCAAUACUGGAACAACAAGAAAAGUAUGAUGCAGCUCUGGAAGUUCUUUCUGGGAAUCUGGGUUCUCUUAUAGGAAUUGAAGAGGAUAAGCUAAGGAUCCAGGGGAGGCUUCUUGCACGUGCAUGUAACUAUGCUGCUGCUGCAGAGAUCUUCCAGAGAGUCCUAGAGUCAUGUCCGGAUGAUUGGCAGACAUUUCUGCAUUAUUUAGCAUGUUUGUUGGAGGAGGAUGUGAACUGGUCCAAGACAAAUUCCUCCCAUCAAUCAUGUUUACCAUGUGUUGAUGACAUUAAAGCAUGCAAGGCAACUCAUUUAACCAAGGAUGAGUUUGAUUCACGAAUCUCCAAUGCUCUAUCAUUCGUUCAAAAGCUGCAAAUGGAUUGCUGUAAUGAUUGUGUUAGAGGACCUCACUUAGCACAAAUUGAAAUUGAACGGCGUCACCGUCUGCAUGGAAUAGAACAUGAUGGCAAGUUCAUGGAGUCUUUGCUGAAUUAUUUUUAUAGGUUUGGUCAUUUGUCUUGCUUUACUUCUGAUGUGGAAAUGUUUCUUCGCCUCCUAACUGAUGAUGAGAAAGAUCAAUUAUUAGACAAUAUGAGAACUUUGGAAUCAACAUCUGCAUCCCCUAUAAAAGCCCUGGGCCAUGCUAUGACAGUUUUUAAAGUACAAGAAUCUUUUGGUUUCAUGUUCAUUCUCUCUCUUAGGGAACUUGAAGGCACUGCUAGAAAAAUGUUGGAAAUGUUUUGUAAAGACCUUAAACUUUCAAGGGACCUGGACCCUCAGGAAAACAUGCAUGGAGAAGAUUUGUUAUCAAUGGCCAGCAAUAUCCUUGUCCUGCUGUUUUGGCGUACUAGGAAGCUGGGAUAUUUGUUGGAGGCAAUUAUGGUUUUGGAGUAUGGCCUAAACAUAAGAAGAUAUGUCUGGCAGUACAAGAUUCUAUUAUUGCAUUUGUACUCUUACUUGGGAGCUCUACCAUUAGCAUAUGAAUGGUAUAGUACACUGGAUGUCAAAAACAUCCUUCUGGAGACAGUUUCCCACCACAUUUUGCCCCAAAUGAUCAGUUCACCACUUUGGCAGGAAAAUGGUGAUCUUUUGAAAGAUUAUCUGAAAUUUAUGGAUGAUCAUUUGCGAGAAGCUGCUGAUCUUACUUGUGUUGCAUAUCGUCAUCGUAACUACUCAAAAGUAAUUGAGUUUGUUCAGUUUAAAGAUCGCCUAGAAAACUCGAAUCAACUUUUGAUGGCAAGGCUUGAUGUGUCCAUUCUGCAGCUUAAGCAGAAAGCAGAUAGUCUUCAAGAAGUGGAGUGCAUCUUUGAAAACCUGAACUAUGGCUCCAGGUUUCUUGAGAUGUCGAAUGAAGAUAAACUGAAAUCUUUGACAUUUAACGAAGAUCUCCAAGCAAGACCUUGGUGGUCUCCAACCUCCAGUGUAAAUCUUCUUUCAGGAUGUUUUGAAGAAGGAUCUGCAUGCCUAAGAGAGAGCUUAAAAGGUGGAGACGAGGAAUACAUCGUGAAGAAAGUUAUUGAGAGAAAAUCUAUUCUUCCUCGGCUAGUCUAUCUGUCAAUUCAGAGUGGUUCCAUCUCCUUGAAGGAAAAUGAUCGUAAUGGCUCUUUAUCUGAUGCUAGUGCUGUCGGCGAACUAAAAUGUCUUUUGGAGAGAUAUGCAAGGAACAUUGGUCUUUCUUUUGAUGAUGCGAUUAGUGUGAUUCUUGCCAUCUCCAGAGGUCAAAAAUCAUUCAAGGAAUUCGGUUCAGAUUUCAUCAGCUGGAUAAACUUCGCUGUUUUUGUCAAUGCGUGGAACCUGUGUUGCCGUGGUGUGAAGCUACUCAACGAAGAUAAAUGUGGUAUGAGUUCAUGGAGAAUUGUCGAUAACUUGGUUAAGUCUUGUGUUGCUGAACAACUGAUGCAUGCGGAGCCUAUAUUGGCAUCUCCCGGAGACAAGCUUUCGAUUUUGGUACAGUUGGUGACGGAACCCAUUUCUUGGCAUAUCCUAGUAAUACAGUCACGUAUAAGAUGGAUGCUUCCAUCAGGAAGAAGAAAGAAGAGAAGUGGUAUGACGGAUCAUCUCAGUUCCCCAGAUAUGCAGGCCGUGUGUGGUUCAGUGCUGUGUUUAAUUGAUGCCAUACAACACAUCGAGAGAUGGGUGGCAGAUCAAAUGAACAGGUCGGAGGAUCAGGAUCUGGAUAUUUUACUGUCCCAUGUACAUAGAGGAGAUGCUGAGGGUGGGCCAGGCUGUGUGUUGCAAAGCCUGGAACAAAAUGCAUGUGCGGACGACGUAGGUGACAGAAUAUUGGGAGCUCUACAAUCCUGGAGUUGUGCUACCGUUUGUAGGAAAAUAGUGGGGGCACAACGUAAGAUGCUAUCACAUUUACUCCGAAUAUGCCAGUCGAAGUUGAAGCUGUUGCGCUCGAUGCAAUGACCAAAAUGAUGGAAGUAGUCAGAGGGUUAGGAGGGCUAUUUAUUAUGCAUCUUUUUUUGUGUUUUAGUGGUGAUGGGGAGGGGGGAGCGGGGGUGACAGUGCUGCCCACCGUCUGGCCCUUUUCCCCGAGCACACAGCACGUCUAAAUUUUGAUUAUGUUCUUCUUCUUCUUUCUGUCGGUCCCUUUGUCUCGAGCGACAAUGUGUUAACUAACCAACAUGGUGUGUGCAUGUGACUGACGCAGGAUGCUUCGCUUUGUGAAGAAGCCAGCCAUCCGAUGACUGACGAUGUCAAUGCAGUUACUGCUGCUGCUGCUACUA